AGGUGUAUAACGACAUGACGACAUAGACUUGCCACUGUUACAGUUUCUCACAAGAUACCUAUCUCUUCGAUUAUCUAUUGCGAAUCGCCUGUUCUGCUGUCUCAGAAUUCCCGUUUGAUAGAUACCUCUCGGAUAUGUGGAUGAGGAAGCUUGGAGCAAAUCCAGUAUUGGGCUAUCCCCAAAACCAUCUUCCUGGGUACCUGUACGAUCUCUGACAUCCUCGAGUCUUCAUUAUCAAACUUGGUCCGAGGGACUUAACCUACACAACACAACACAUAUCAACCACCAUGGCGCCCUCAUUCGGGUCUUCUACGGUGUCGAAAGAAGAAAUCGAAGACACAGUUGGACUCUUAUCCAAGGACCAUCCAUCAUCCGAAGAUGGCUCCCCAUUACCAACAUGGCGAGAAGUGCCCAAUAAAUUUAAUACAUCGUUGUCUAAAACUCGAUUUCUCUUAGCUGGCGUGGUUACACUGUCCCUAACCAACAUCGCUACUUUUCUCUUGCUGGUUGUGCUAGCCACACGACAGCAAGCUUGCCCUCUCGCUGUAAACCACCCUCCCACAGGCGUGGCACACGCCGUGGAGAAACUCGCCGGGCCGCCGAAGCCGCAAUUACUAAACGUGACUUUCUAUGAUCACGACCAGAGCAUAUUCCGCAAGCAUGCCUCGGACGUGGCUGAUGCUUUUUGGUAUGAGUACACUCAAGUCGAUUCGGGUGUGAUCCUGAUCCCCGAGGAAGACGCAGAGCAGGCCGCUAUCGACAAAUCCCGACACGCCUACUUUGACAGCCCGGAGAUGGGGCUUGUGGGCUACCCGGUCAAGGUCGAGGCUAUUCACCAGAUGCACUGCCUCAAUUUACUCCGCAUGAAUCUGUACUACAACAUCGACCACACGCGGGAAACCUGCGGUCCACCUCACUGCGCGGGACCGGAAAAGUAUGUACAGUUGCAUAUCGACCACUGUGUUGAGGUGCUUCGUCUCCGUCUACAAUGCACGGCAGAUGUUGGGGUCACGCCACUACUGUGGCUUGGUCAAGAGGGUCGUCUGACUGGUGAUAUGGCACGGGUGCACACUUGCAGUGACUAUGAAGCUGUGAGGAAGUUUGUCGCUGAGGAGACUACCAAGUUGCCCAACCCAGGAGUGAUAGUCCCGAAAAAUGGGGAGUUCUAUGUCGAUGACUACAUAUGAAAGAAGUCUAAAGAUACAUUAUCUACUGCAUAGGGGCAUCAGUUAUGGAAUUUGCUGUUUAAGCCUUAAGUCGAAAUAUACUCCAUCACCGUGCGUUACGGUGUAAAGUCUGCCC